AUGCAACCAUACUCCAGAUCCGGCGGUACUAGAAAGUGCUUCUAUGAGUUCCAGACUCUUGUGGCCUGCUACACGUCUGCUGACACCGUGACCAAAAAAGAGUGCACUCCAGUUUUUGAUGACUACUUUGAGUGUUUGCAUGGCUUCAAAGAGAGAGAGAAGGCCAGAUUGAUGUUGCAACAGUUGAAGGCCAACGAAGCCUCUGGUGAAGGUGUUAAGGCCACUGACUUGUACAAGUCUGCUGGUGGUGUUUACGAGAACUUGGACCUUGUGUCAAAAUAG